GCGAUGAUAUUUGCUAUUGAAACAAUUAAUGAAGAUCCUUAUUUGCUACCUAAUAUCACAUUGGGCUAUGAUAUACAUGAUGGAUGCGGUGACGAACAAGUCAGCGUCAGAGAAACGUUAGACAUACUGUUCCAAUUCACAAAACGUAAAUCUGUGAAAAGAAUGGUCAUCUUCUCUACUACUACUUCUGCUAUAAUACAAGCCGUAAGUAAUAAAUUGGCAGGUAUUAUAGGAACUCAGACUGCACGUGGAAGUAUCGAUAUGCAAGGAAUUUGCAAAGUUUUCAACUUAGUCCAAAUUACAUAUGGUGCCAAAGAAGGUCUAUUAGGUGAUAAAACAAGAUUUCCAACCAUUUUACGAACUAUUCCUCCGGAAGAUCAUUAUCCGGCAAUUUUAGAAUCUAUUCUAUCCUACUUUAAUUGGAAAUUUAUCGCCAUGUUGUCAUACGUUGGUGAUCUAGGUAGUCGUGCCUAUGAACAAGCCCGAAAAUAUUUUCAAAGGAAGAAAAUAUGCGUCCUUUUAGCAGAAAAAGUUUCAAGACUGCAGAAUAGUAUCGCU